UGACCUCAAUAUGUAUUCAAAUGUUUUUAAUUACAUAAUUGCGGGAUCCCCGUAUUGUUAUGAUCAAUUGAAUAUAUAUAUAGCCCGGAAUUUCCAUUACUGGGUUUUCCCAUGUCGGUACCCAUAAAAAUUGAAGUAGCUAUUGAAAAACCAGAAUAAGUAUAUUUCCAGGCUUAAACUAAUCAGAUUUUAGACAUAUGUUGAUAUGGUGAGAUGUGAAGAAAAUAAGUGAAGAAAAAUGCGUACAUUUUGUCUAAAUGUCGUUGUUUGUGUUGCAGUUUUGUUUCGUUGCAAUGGGGCUGAAGAUAAUAACACUAAUAACACUCCGAACACUGAAGGUUCAAAUACUAUUCUGCCGAAGCGACCAUCUUUGGACAUCAAUUUAGGGAACGAAGUUGUCGAAAAUUCUGAUGAAAGAAACAUUUUAAUAGAUACGAACAACGACGGCCUGGGUCAAAUAGACGCAAGAUUCAAAUAUGGCUCGAAAGAGAACUCAAGUGAAACGGAAAAAAGCUUCAUAAUACCUUCAAGUUUAAACAGCAAUGCAAGAAAGGUGCGUUAUGAAAACAGUACCGUUCACUUCGCGUUUAAAGAGAAAUCCGAGUCCCCAAUAGAAACUGCAAAGGAGAUUGUGGAACUUGUGAAAAACGUUUCCACUGAAAGUGACGGGACACUAAUCCUAGGAGACAAGAUUGUCUCUAAUGACAAUAAACCGUUUGAAACAGAACUUUUAUCAGAAAAAGCUACAGGACGGGAUACAGCAGAUAAAAUUACUUCAGGAGGAAAAAACCCAUAUUAUUUUCAAGAUGUCGGUAUUCUAGACCUAGAAGUACCAGUAUUCGACAGGCUUGUCCUGGUUAUGGAGCGCACCAACACUCGAGACCACAGAGACCCGUGGUGGAGCUAUCUUACCAGGCAGGCAGGAGCCAACUUGCGUAUCAGUAAACAAUUGCAGAAAACAAUAGCUGUUCAUCCAAAUUCUGGUGAACAUUUUCUAGACGUUCUCCAUGGAAAUGGAUUCACAGUAAAGGAUAUUUUACAGAUCUUCAAGAAGUUUGCAAUGAAGGAGGCAUUAGCUGCACUUGACGGACAUUUGGAAACCGGUGUCAUGACCAGGGAAAAGAGUUACAAAGAGGAAACUGGAAUUCUUGAGGGCAAAGCGAAUGAAGAAUUGACUGACCUCAUUGCUGACGAGAUCACUCCUGAAAAUAACCAGUCACCCCGUAAUGUGAUUCCAAACAAUCUAGGAAAUGGUAACGAUGAUGACAUGAACAAUGCUAAAUCCGACCUAAAUAAGAACAUCAAUUCAAAAAGAAAUACUGGUCAGAAAGAUGGUGAUCACAGUGACGGUGCCUUAUCCUAUGACGAUUUGAGCAUCCCCAGUCACGACAGUGACAAGCACUUUGACGAUGUAAAAACCGACAGACACGACAAUGACAACCACUUUGACGAUAUAAAUAACGACACACUAGACAGUGGUAAGUAUCAUGACGAUGGGAGAACCGACAGACAUGACAGUGACAUGUACUAUGACGAUAAGAGAACCGACAGACACGACGAUGGCAAGAACCAUGACGAUAGGAGAACCGGCAGACACGACAAUGGCAAUAACCAUGACGAUAUGAGAACCGACAGACAAGACAAUGGCAAGUACUAUGACGAUGGGAGAACCGACAGGCAAGACAGUGGCAAGUACCAUGACGAUGGGAGAACCGGCAGACACGCCAAUAGCAAUUACCAAGACCAUGGGAGAACCGACAGACCCGACAGUGACAAGUACCUUAACGAUGGGAGAACCAAAAGACAAUACAAUGUCAAGUACCAUGACAAUGUGAGAACCAACGGACACGAUAGUGGCAAGUACCAUGACGGUGGGAGAACCGAAAGAUACGACAAUGGCAAGUACCAUGACGAUCGGAGAACCGACAGACACGACAAUGGCAAGUACCAUGACGAUCGGAGAACCGACAGACACGACAAUGGCAGGUACCAUGACGAUCGGAGAACCGACAGACAAGACAAUGGCAAGUACCAUGACGAUCGGAGAACCGGCAGACACGACAAUGGCAAUAACCAUGACGAUAUGAGAACCGACAGACACGACAAUAGCAAGUACCAAGACCAUGGGAGAACCGACAGACACGACAGUGACAAGAACCUUAACGAUGGGAGAACCAAAAGACAAUACAAUGUCAAGUACCAUGACAAUGUGAGAACCAACGGACACGAUAGUGGCAAGUACCAUGGCGGUGGGAGAACCGAAAGAUACGACAAUGGCAAGUACCAUGACGAUCGGAGAACCGACAGACACGACAAUGGCAAGUACCAUGACGAUCGGAGAACCGACAGACACGACAAUGGCAGGUACCAUGACGAUCGGAGAACCGACAGACAAGACAAUGGCAAGUACCAUGACGAUCGGAGAACCGACAGACAAGACAAUGGCAAGUACCAUGACGGUCGGAGAACCGACAGACAAGACAAUGGCAAGUACCAUGACAAUGGGAGAACCGACAGACAAGACACUGAUAAGUACCAUGACAAUAGGAGAACCGACAGACAAGACAGUGGCAUGUACCAUGACAAUGGAAGAAGCGACAGACAUGGUAGUCGCAUGUUCCAUGACAAUAGGAAAACCCACAGGCACGGCAGUGGCAAGUACCAUGACGAUUGGAGAGCCGACAGACACGACAGUGGCAAGUACCAUGACAAGGGGAGAACCGACAGACAAGACAGUGGCAAGUACCAUGACAAUUGGAGAACCGGUAGACAAGACAAUGGCAAGUACCAUGACAAUGGGAGAUUUGACAGACACGACAUGUACCAUGACGAUAUGAGAAUCGACAUACACGACAAUGGCAUGUACCAUGACGAUCAGAGAAUCGGCAUACACGACACUGACAUGUACUAUGACAAUGGGAGAACUCACAGGCAUGAUAGUGGCAAAUACUAUGACGAUUGGAGCACCGGUAGUCACGACAGUGACAUGCUUUUCAAAGCGCACUGCAAGGGCCAUGGAAGCUUUGUUAAUCCUCGUGGUCACGUGAUGUGUAACUGUCACGUUGGUUACGGCGAUGACAGGUACGAGACGGAGAACGGCUUUGCAAGGUACGCUGACUGUCAUUCCUUUGCCGACGCGUGUAACGAUAAGGGACUAGAUAAGGAAGGGUACAGAGUGACAAAUAUUGGAACUGUGACCGGAGGGCAAAUCAUAUUGUUUUAGCUGACGACAUCUGGGUCCCCGGGAUUGUGCAGGAUAUUAAAACAAUAUGUUUGCAACUAUUUAUAUUAAACGAUACAAAAUGAAGUUGAAAGAACUAUUGAUUAAUCAUCACUCCUACGUAUUUAAAGAACCAUACUUAUUUUCCCAUUAUUCCACAAUUUAUUCACUUGGCAUGAAGUGUUUUAGUAAAUGAACUUGCUUCAUCAGAGCUUGAAAAGUUUUGAAUGGGGAUGAUUGAAUCUUAAAGUAUUACUUGUUUGCGAUGUCUACUUGAAACAUUUUUAAACAUCUGUACUCUGUUAUUCCAUAUAUUCCUCUCUUAAUAUCCACAUCGUCAACCAUAACUUCAUAACACAUCGGUCCCAAUGUAACAUUCCUUUCAUUUUAGCUCCACUAUUCUCAGAAUAAGGAGGAUUUACUACUCGCCCGGAGUCUGGUUAAAAAUUUUAGGCAGGUGAACAUUUUAACUUAUAACUCCAAUAUCCUUCAUUCAAUUCACUUAAUACUUCACACAGUUUUUCAAGAUCAAAACACCAUGAAGUUUUAUAACUUAAUAAUACCCUCAAUUUAAAUCAUGGCCCCUGAUUGAUUUAGAAACUUAGGUUUAAGUUUUAGGGCACAUCGGGUAAGGUUAGAGUUAAAGGGCAAGUUGGGAUUUUCACAAAUUACUUCUAUACCUUUCAUACAAUUGACUUAAUACUUCACGCAGUUGGUAACGGCCAUCACGCAAUAAGGUCACAUAACUCCAUAUUAGCUCUUUAUACAAAUUAUGGCCCUAGAUUGACUUUUUUUCAUUUUUGGUUGUUGCUUUAAACAUUUUGAUAUUUUUAACAUUAUUUGACAUGCUGUUGAAAUCAAAUAGUUAUGCAUUUUUUAUGCAUGCUUUUUUCGAUUUCGACGUAUUUGUUUUAAUAUUUACAUGUAGAUAUGUAGUUGUUGUUUAUUCUAGGAAUUACAUACAGGAAAUUGCCUUUCCUAUACCUGUUUUAAUAUAAAGAUAUGUAGAUUG